AUGAAGUACCCUCUGGUGCCGCUGGUGAACGACCUCACAUUUUCUUUCCUGGUGUUCUGGCUCUGCCUGCCCGUGGGCUUGCUCUUGUUCUUGUCGAUCGUCUGGCUACGCUUCCUUCUUAGCCAGGAUACAGAGGAAAAUGACUCAGAUUUGUGCUUUGAUUGGGAGCCCUGGAGCAAAGCCCCAGCUGAAUUUUGCUGGGAGGAGACACUCCAUAGCCAAGAGGAGGAGAGGCCCUGCUGGUGAGUCUGUUCUGCCAGGUGAGGCCCUUCUAGGGGGUAGGAGGCUGGAAGGGGGAGCCUCAGGGCCUGCCCAAAGCCUAGGGUGGCUGCCAUGUUGGAGAGCUGGCCGCCUCCACCAUACUGGAGGUCUGCUCCCUCAGCCAUGCUGGAGAGCUGGCUAUCUCUGCCAUGUUGGAGAACCUUCUGUCUCAUUGUGUUGGAGACCUGUUUUUGCCAUAUAAGAGAACAGCCACCUCUCCCAUGAAGGGUUUUUUUUUUUUUUUAACAAAGGUCCCCUACCCUUUAUCUCUAGGACUUCACUUCCUACCACACUCCUUGGGGUCUUUGGGCUGGCUGUUCCCUCUGCCUGGAACCCUUCUUCCCUAGACGUCACUUGGUGCACUUCCUCGCCUCUGAGGUUUUGCUCAGAUGGCACUUUUUCAGUAGUGCACCUUGAUCGCCCUCGUUAAUAUUGCAAUCUCCCCCCUCCUCUUGGACCCUUCUUAUUCUGCUCUACGUUUUCCGUUACGGUAGAUGGACUUACCGCCUUCUGACAUGCUCGAUAAUUGAUGUAUCCAGAGCACC